CAAGACUCAUAUAAAUAAAGCAUUUCGACUUCUUCUUUUUUCACAACAAAAUUGACAGAGAAAAUAAUGAAUAUCAGACAAACUUUUGUGAUGUUGUUUCUUGUAGUAGUAUUAGUAACGUCGUCGUUGUCCAACUCCAACGUUUUCGCAUCACGGGUGAUGUCGGCAAAUCCAUUCUCCAAUUCCACCGUACUGGCUUCACCGGGCGUCGAGGCAACGCCAUCUCAGAUUCACAUUUGCUAUAAACCUUGUACAAAAACUUACGGUGUUUAUCCAUGCUACGAUGACUGCCUAAGCAAAAAUUUUGAUGAUGGAAAUUGUGAAUAUAAUGGACUUUGUUGCUGCACAUAAUGAUAAAAAGUCGUCAUCCCAAAUGCUUGGCAAUCCUUGGUUAUGAGUAAACUGGCAAAUUUGAGCGUUUGAGUUAUGCUUUGUUAUAUUAAAAGGUUAUGCUUUUCUAAUAGCAGAUUUGUAAACCUUUUAAUGAAAUAAAACUUAUUUUAUUA